AUGACAAAGUGGACGAUAAAGAGGAAAGAGCUGAGAUGGAAAGUUUACAGGAAGGGUAAGCAGCGUGAAAUAGAGGAAGAUUGUGGAGGAGCUGAUCCAAAGGGUUGUAGCGCUAACGGAGGUAAGACUGAAAGUUUAUCAUCUUUUUGGAUCGGGUGUCACAAUCUCAACUUGUGGUGUACUGGAAUUGCUAAAUGUUAUACCAAACAAUACUUUUUUCACGGCAUCAUAUAUUGGUAUUACUGGGGCUGCAGUAAUGUCACUGUAGAUUUCUGGGGAAAGAGAAAGGACAAAAUAAUCGAUGCUAAUGAUUGGAUACCAUUACUAGAAAUGUCUCCAAAAAUAAGAGAUGCUAUUUAUCUUACUCCAAAACUGUCUGAUGGUACAGAAUAUAAACUUAUUAUUAAAUUCGGUAAAGUUCUAAAUGCCCAAAAAAUAGGUCAAGUUUUAGAAUAA